AUGGCGUCCCAGAAGAAGCCCUACAAGCCGAAAGCAAAGAAAGCAAAGAAGCCCGAAAGUACGACUGCUAUGUUUCCAGACCUCCACGAAGACAUCGAGAACGCCCUUUCGGCCGAGGGAACCAUCAUCACCCCGAAACCGACGUUCAACCCCACCGAGGACCACGAAGAACGCAUUGCCGCCAAGGAAACCUACAUCAUGGGAAGAUUCCAAUGCCGCAACCGAACGUGUCCAAAGAAGGGCUGGGGCAGCAAGAAGAUUUUUAUUGUCAUCCAGCGGUUCCCGGACAACGGCUACAAUGCUGUCGUGUUCAAGCAGUGCUGCAGCAUAUGCGAGGAGUUGGGCAUUAUGAGAAUCAAUGAGAAUUCCUACUGCGGCGCCACCGGCAGCCAAGGCUCGGCCCUCGCCCACCACCUCCGCCAGCAUCUCGCCUGGCGCGUGCACACCACCGUGCGCAACCCCUCCUCCCCAUCAUCCGCCCAAGCCCUCGCCGCCAUCGGCGUGCAGCUCACGCUGGGCGACUGGGACGACACCGCCGCGCUGGCAGCCGCCCUAGCUGGGUGCGACAAGCUGUUUUUGUGUCUGCUGCCCGAUUUCAGCGAUCCGACGCGCGAGCUGCGCCAGGCAAGGGUGCUGGUGUGGCUGGCGUGGGAGGCUGGCGUGCGGCAGGUGGUGGCGUCGACGUCGCUGGGGGUGUUUACGCUGGAGGAUGAGAGUGAGAUGGCUGUUGGUGCGGGCGGGGGGCCGGCGUUUUUCAUGGCCAAUUAUCUGGAGACGAAGGUGGCGAGGUAUCCGGAGCCGAGGGAGAGGGGGACGUGGACGACGGCGAUGACGGCUGAGGCGAAGUUGGCGUUGAUCGACCAUGCGGAUAUUGCGGCGUUCCAUGAUCGGACGUUUGGGCUGGCGGGUGACAGUGAGAUGUUGAUGGUGCAGGAGACGCUGGAUGCGUUGGGGGGGGGGGGGGGGGGGGGCGCGGGAAGGCCGUUUAAGGCGGUGUUCAUAACGGAUGAGGAGAUUGCGGAGAAACAGAGGACGUCCAACGUCUUUACGGACUCGCAGGUCUCGUUGCGGUAUGCGGCCAAUUCGUACCCGUGGCUUCUCGAGGAUCAGCAGCCGAAGGGCAUCCAGCGCCGUUGGUGGCCUGACCCGAUUCAGUCUGUGGACCACCCCCAACUCUCUUGCAACCGCGGAAACCCGCUGGAGAAGAAUCUUCCCACGCAGCAUGCCCCCAUCCAGGCCGGCACCAACAUCACGGCGUACUACGUCCCUCCCAAAUGCCCGCCUAACUUCAACCAGCCUACCGAGAGUCUCGCUCCGGAGUUCCAAGACCCGCACCCGCCGAUGCGGUGCAUGGGCCCGGAAUACUCGUGGGUGCACUCCACGGGCCCACUCCUUGCCUACAUGGCUGCUUGUAACGGGCCGUGCGACGAGUUCAACCCCGAGGGGGAGAAGGUCUGGUUCAAGAUCUACGAGUCCGGGCUCAAGAACGGCGGCGAGUUGAACGAGUGGGGCCAAAGAAUCGACGUUGCCUCUAGCCAGGGUUGGGACCAGAUGACUUUCGCCAACCAGGGAUGGAGCAUUACGAUCCCGAAGAACCUGAAGCCGGGCAACUACCUCAUCCGGCACGAGAUCAUCAUGAUCGAGCUGAUGCCUCCCCAGUUGUACCCCGAGUGCGCCCACCUCACGGUGACUGGGGACGGGAACGAGCUUCCUGGCGAAGAGUAUCUGGUCUCCUUCCCGGGUGCUUACUCUCUGGAAGACCCGGGUCUCGCUAUCAGCGGCGAUUUGUACUCUCCAAAGGGACACUCCACUUACAACUACACCAUUCCCGGGCCGGCCGUUUGGACCGGCGAGAAGUAG